AUGGAUUACACACCUUCCAUUGAAGAAGUAAAUCUGGCAUUAUAUAAACUGAGGCCAGGUAAAGCUCCUGGAUUGGAUGGUAUUCCAGUUGAAAUUCUGAAAACUGGUGGGGAUCAUAUUUCAUCUGAAAUACAUAACCUGAUUACUCAAGUUUGGAAUGAAUCUUCUGUGCCACAGAAAUGGAUAAAUGACAUCCUAGUCUCUGCAUACAAGGUUAAGGGCCCAAAAGCAGUGUGUGGUAAUUCUAGAGGGAUAACUCUCCUGGCACAUACCGGGAUGAUACUUUCAAGGAUCAUGUUAGAUUGUCUUGUUGAUAAUGUUUGUCCACAUGUGAUUCCUGAACAACACUGUCGUUUUAGAUCUGAGCGAGGAACAAUGGACAUGAUAUUUUCUGUGAGCCAGGUUCAAGAGAAGUGCUUAGAAGAAUACCAGGUUUUCAUGGAUUUAACUAAGGCAUUUGACUCGGCAAAAAGCCAAUCUUACAACAGACCAAGCCACAAGUUGAAAGAGGACGCCAAAUGGCGCAAAACUACGGGAGGUUUCACGACAAUACGCACUGAAGGCGAGGGAAUAACCGACAAGAUUCAUGAAUAG